GGUAUAUUUUUAGGCUACGUGUCUCAGUUGUUUUCUGGUGGUAUUUAAGUAGAAUUAAAUCUUAAAUAUAAAGCCAGAGCCCACAUUUAAGAUGAAUCGGAGCUCGAAAAUUUUCAAUAGUAAGGUGGCUGGCUACAGCAGCCUUAUAACAUUUGCAGUUUUGCUAAUUGCUUGGAUAGCCGGAUUUUCAUCACGUUUGUUUGCCGUCAUACGAUUCGAGUCGAUAAUCCACGAGUUUGAUCCAUGGUUUAAUUACCGUGCAACUGCCUACAUGGUGGAACAUGGCUGGUAUAAGUUUCUCAAUUGGUUCGAUGAGCGCGCCUGGUAUCCGCUUGGCCGCAUUGUUGGUGGAACUGUGUAUCCGGGACUCAUGAUAACCUCCGGCAGCAUCCAUUAUCUAUUGCACAUUCUGAACAUUCCAGUGCAUAUACGUGACAUAUGCGUGUUCUUGGCUCCCGUCUUCAGUGGCCUCACAUCGAUUUCAACCUAUCUAUUGACUAAAGAACUCUGGUCUCCCGGCGCUGGACUCUUUGCUGCUAGCUUCAUAGCAAUUGUGCCUGGUUAUAUUAGCCGCUCCGUAGCUGGUUCCUAUGACAACGAAGGCAUCGCCAUAUUUGCACUGCAAUUCACAUACUUCCUCUGGGUGCGAUCGGUGAAAACUGGAUCCGUUUUCUGGUCAGCUGGUGCAGCGAUUUCCUACUUCUACAUGGUGUCCGCAUGGGGUGGAUAUGUGUUCAUAAUCAAUCUGAUUCCACUGCAUGUCUUUGUACUGCUUAUCAUGGGACGCUACUCGCCGAGACUCCUUACCAGCUACAGCACCUUCUACAUCCUUGGACUACUGUUCUCCAUGCAAAUACCAUUUGUUGGAUUCCAGCCCAUACGCACUAGUGAACACAUGGCAGCCAUGGGCGUUUUUGUGCUUCUGAUGGCGGUUGCUGCUCUCCGUCACUUGCAAUCCGUAUUGUCACGCAAUGAGUUCCGGAAACUGUUCAUUGUUGGCGGCCUGCUGGCAGCUGUGCUCGUCUUUGUGGCCGUAGUUGUGUUGACCGUAAUGGGAGUGGUGGCACCAUGGAGUGGACGGUUUUAUUCGCUCUGGGAUACUGGCUAUGCGAAGAUUCAUAUUCCCAUUAUCGCGUCUGUGUCGGAGCAUCAGCCUACCACGUGGUUCUCAUUCUUCUUCGACUUGCACAUUCUUGUGUGCGCCUUUCCGGUUGGUCUUUGGUACAGCAUCAAGCACAUCAACGAUGAACGUGUCUUCGUUGUCCUGUACGCCAUAAGCGCCGUCUACUUUGCCGGCGUCAUGGUCCGCCUGAUGUUGACACUUACUCCAGUUGUGUGCAUGCUCGCUGGCGUUGCAUUCUCUGGACUCUUGGACGUCUUCCUCCAGGAAGAUGCAUCCAAACGGAUGGCAAACACGGUCACCUCAGCACCAGAAGCUGAGGAUCAGGAGGAAUCAUUGGAGAAGAAGAGCUUUUACGAUAAGGCUGGAAAACUCAAGCACCGCACCAAACACGAUCCCUCACAUGAAAGUGGAAUAAGUUCCAACUUGAAGAGUAUUGUGAUCUUGGCUGUAUUGAUGAUCUUAAUGAUGUUUGCCGUUCACUGUACUUGGGUCACUAGCAAUGCCUAUUCCAGCCCCUCAAUUGUGCUUGCAUUCCACAACAGUCAGGAUGGAUCGCGCAAUAUAUUGGAUGAUUUUAGGGAGGCAUAUUACUGGCUUUCUCAAAACACUGCUGAUGAUGCACGUAUUAUGUCUUGGUGGGACUACGGGUAUCAGAUAGCGGGAAUGGCGAAUAGGACAACGUUAGUGGAUAAUAAUACUUGGAAUAAUAGUCAUAUUGCAUUAGUUGGAAAAGCCAUGUCAUCAACUGAAGAGAAAUCCUAUGAAAUUAUGACAUCUCUGGAUGUGGAUUAUGUCCUUGUUAUCUUUGGCGGUGUGAUUGGCUAUUCUGGUGAUGAUAUCAAUAAAUUCCUUUGGAUGGUUCGAAUUGCCGAAGGAGAGCAUCCAAAAGAUAUUAAGGAAAGCGAUUUCUUUACCGAUCGUGGAGAAUUUCGAGUGGAUGCCGAAGGCGCUCCAGCUCUACUUAACUGUCUUAUGUACAAAUUAAGCUACUAUCGCUUUGGGGACUUGAAAUUGGACUAUAGGGGUCCCUCUGGCUAUGAUCGUACCCGCAAUGCUGUAAUCGGUAAUAAAGAUUUCGAUUUGACAUACUUGGAAGAGGCUUAUACCACGGAGCACUGGCUGGUUCGAAUCUACAGAGUUAAGAAGCCAUUUGAGUUUAACCGACCAUCCCUAAAAGCUAAAGAUAGACUUAUUCCCCCCACCAACUUUAUAUCUAGAAAGAACUUGAAGCGUCGCAAGGGAUUCAUUCGGAAUCGUCCAACCGUUAUCAAAGGAAAGAGAACUUUGAAAUAAAUGACAAUUAUUUAUAACAAUUGUACUGCAAUAAAUAAGAAAACAUUAACAUACUUGUAAUAUAAGUA